CCCCCAGCCGGAGCGCCGCCGCCACCCCGCCCCCUAACCGAUUCUCCCCCUGCCCGUUCCAAUCGAGCCGCAGCGCCGAUCCCUGCGGCCACCGUGGCCAUUCCAAAGUUGGCGCAGCGCCGGCACCCCCAGAACGGAAGAAAUCGGGUUGCCUGCCCGCACCCAAUCCCUCGUUCCAUUGUAAGGUUUGUCAGUUUGUGAGAUGGAUGGUUAUAAUGCCAGCUUGGAGGAGAUGGAAGAAUAUCACAUGAUGGUGAGUCAGAUGUUUGGAAGCGUUGAAGAAGGUUACGAGCAGUACAACAGCUAUGCAAAAUCUAAAGGGUUUAGUGUGAGAUUGGACGAUAAGGAGUACAUUAGUGGCACCACGGAAUUGAAAAGAAGACGUUUCUGCUGCAGUAAGGAAGGGUACCGUUUGGAGAAGUACUUUGUAGCAAAAGAUCAAAUAAGGGAGCCACGGGCGCUCACCCGUUGUGGAUGUAAAGCUAUGCUUGAGAUCCAGCGACAACCUGGAACGGUUCUUUGGUUUGUCAAGAAUUUUGUUGAUGUCCACAGCCAUCCACUUGACCCCAAGCAGUCUCCUUUUCUACGGUCACAUCGCCGUUUAAACAAUGCUCAGAAAGCUGAUGCCAUAGAAUAUGGUCUUGGUGGCCUUCGUACGUGCCAAAUCAUGGAAGUUAUGGAGAAGCACCAUGGUGGGUAUGAUCAGGUUGGGUUUGUUUCCCGGGACCUCUAUAAUUUCUUCGCCAAGUACAAGAAGAAAAGAAUCUUAGGAAGGGAUGCUGAAUUUGUCUUGAACCACAUGAGAGCCCAAGUUGAACGAGAUGCUGAAUUUUUCUUCAAAUACAGUACGGAUGAUGAAGGACAUCUUCAAAAUAUAUUCUGGGCAGAUUCACAAUCUCAGAUUGAUUAUGAAGCAUUCAGUGACCUAGUUGUGUUUGACAGCACAUAUCGGGUCAAUCGGUAUAAUCUCCCAUUUGUUCCAUUUAUUGGGGUGGACCAUCGUCGCAGUACAAUUGUUUUUGGUGUUGGUAUUGUUUCAGACGAGACUGUCUCGUCGUACGAGUGGCUACUGCAGUCAUUUGUUGAGGCGAUGAGCCAUAAGAACCCGAGAUCUGUGAUCACUGAUGGAGACGCCGCCAUGAGGAAAGCCAUUAAGAAGGUAUGUCGAGGAUAGACCAUCGACUAUGCAGUUGGCACAUUGAGCAGAACAUGAUACGCCACCUGCGUAAUCCAAUGCUUCGGGACUUCAGAAAACUCAUAUAUCGUAAGAUGGGAGUAUAUGAGUUUGAGAGAUCUUGGGCUCGGUUCAAGGAAAAGUAUGAGAUCACAGAGCAGGCUGCAUGGAUGUCCAGAAUGUACAAACUUAGGAAGAGGUGGUCUGCGGCUUAUACAAAUGGAAGAUACUUUUUGGGCAUGCAGAGCAACCAGCGUAGCGAGAGUCUUAACUCUAGGCUCCAUAAUCACCUAGACCGGAAAAUGUCGUUGGUUGACUUGGUGGAGCACAGCGAGCACUGCAUGUCACGUAUCCGCAGAAAUGAGGCCGAGUUGGAUGCAAAAGCUGCAAAUUCAGUUCCUUUCACUAGAAUAGAUGCUAAUCCAUUAGAGAAAAAUGCUGCCCGUUUUUACACACCAAAGAUGUUCAGGAGGGUUAGAUAUUGCAUUUGCAGAUCAUCUGCAUGGGAGAUUGAAGAGCAUACAGAGAGAGAUGGGUUGGUCACCUAUAGAGCUGCAUUAAAAGAAGGAGCCGAAGGAAGGAGCAGACAUGUCUUCUUUGUAGAGUGUUCAUUUCAUGGAUCUUCAAUGAAUGGCAUCUUCUCUGGUUGCCGCAAAUUGGAGUGCGAAGGUGUCCCAUGUUCACACAUUUUUUCACUUCUGAGUUUCCUAGGUGUAGAGACCAUUCCUCCGUGUUGUGUUCGGAUUAGGUGGACAACGCAAGCAAAGGCCGCAUUCGUGUCGGAGACAAAUGCCAAUACACAUGUGUGAUCAGAAGAGAUGGGUCGUUACCGGCAAAUGCGAAACAAGGCUAGUGUUGCUCUAUUCAAAGCUUCAAAGAGCGAAGAGCGUUCGCAGCAGGGGAUGGAUUUUCCGCAAAGCAUUCUCGAUCGCCCCUUUAAGAAUGAUGGGACCCCUUAUGAGACAGCUUUUCGUCUUAUACCAUCCCAUUAUUCUGCCUCAAGCAAUGUUUUUGGGGAGAAAGUCCUUGAUCCAAAAAUAAUCGUGACAAAAGGUGCUCCAGCAAAGAAGAGAAUGAAGCCAUUUCAUGAGACAUUGAGGCAGUCGAAUGGGCACAAGAGGCGAAACAGAUCGUGCGGCGAAUGUGGCGAUUCCACACAUGACAGGCGCACUUGUCCAAAACUGAAGUAGUUAUUCUGGUGGUUGGUCCUCGCCUACAAUGACCAGAUCGUGCUGCUAUUCUUGUCGGGCAAG